UUUCUUAUUGUUCGGUAGUCAAACUCACACCCAAGUCAUUAAAGUUAAUACAAAAGAUAAACAUAUGGUUGAAAACUACUUAUAGAGUUUGGUAGGUUGUAUUUCCAAAAUUUAAAACUCAUUUUUAUGUUGACAACACUGAAAAAAAUCAUCUCAUAUAUCUCAAUACUUGAGGGUUUACAUCUAUUUUUUUUCUCCGAUCUCAACCCAAAAGAAGAAACCAAGAAAAGAAAGAAAAAAUGGGUGUUCUUGAUCACGUCUCUGAGUAUUUCGAUUGCUCUCAUGGAAGCUCCAGGAGACACAAAAGUCUACAGACGGUGGAUGUGAGGGUGUUGAUAGAUUGCGAAGGAUGCGAGAGGAAAGUGAGAAGAGCCUUAGAAGGAAUGAGAGGAGUGCGAGAUGUAACCAUCGAGCCAAAUGCUCAGAAAGUGACAGUGGUUGGAUACGUUGAGCCAAACAAAGUGGUGGCUCGGAUCAUUCACCGGACAGGGAAAAGAGCAGAGCUCUAUCCUUUCGUUCCUUACGACGUUGUGGCUCAUCCUUAUGCCUCUGGUGUCUACGAUAACAGAGCUCCCACUGGCUACGUUAGGAACACCGAGUAUGAUCCACACGUCUCACGCCUCGCACGUGCUAGCUCCACUGAGGUUCGUUAUACUACGGCGUUUAGCGACGAAAACGCCUCCGCUUGUGUUAUUAUGUGAUUUGAUUUGUUCUUUCUUUUGAUUUUUAUUUUUAUUUUGUUUGUGUUCAUGUGUUUCCGAGAAUUGAAUUUUUGUUUGUUUAUAUUGGUGUACGUAAUGUAUUAAGAUAAGACCGAGUUAAACCCCUUACAUGUGUAAAUUGUAUGGUGAUGAAUUGGUAA